ACCCGACUAAUAGGUGCAGUAGGUGUAAGCACUUUGCACCCAGUGCAUCUUCAUCUCGUAGCUGAAUGGCCUCAGCUCACCAAAGGCAACUAGGGAGGGAGAGGAAGAGAGGAGAGAGGUAGAAACUAGGGCACUGUUAUCUGGCCCCUUUUUUACCAACCACCAGGCACAAGGCAGAGAAAGAGAAAGAAAGAGCUGUGGACAGGAGAGCAGAGAGAGGAGAGAACAUCGGAAGUGUAGCGAAGCUGUAGACAAGACGGGGGAACCAUUGGAGUCAACAUCCGACGUCAAGGAACUGAAGACAAACAAGACAAAGGCAACCUUGACUUGUCUUAUCACGCACACUCUAUCUAUACACGGCAACAUACACACUAGCACUCACUUACUCGUGUCACACACACCAACACGCACGUGCAAUCACAGGCACGUGCACACACACACACACAUCCACAACUCUGCACACACACACCGAGCAGCAACAUGUUUAAGGAGCAGGCGACCAAGGUCAAGAUCACAUCUGUGGUGAUCGUGGUGGGCAUGUCGUCGAUGCUGGCGGCGGUGGUGACUGACCACUGGGCUGUGCUCAGCCCCCGGGUGGAGAAGCUCAACGCCACCUGCGAGGCGGCCCACUUUGGCCUUUGGAGGCUCUGCAAGAAGAGCAUCUUCAUUGUGGAGGAGGACCCUCAGGGCAAAGGCUGUGGCCCCAUCAGCUUACCUGGAGCACAAAACUGUUCGUACUUUAAACACUUUACCUCGGGGGAAGAAGCUGAAGUUUUUGAAGUCAAGACCCAGAAAGAGUACAAUAUCUCAGCAGCAGCCAUCGCCAUCUUCAGUCUGUUCUUCAUGAUCCUGGGCACCCUCUGUGUUAUCUUCUCUUUCGGGAAGGGGCGGGACUACCUGCUGCGGCCUGCUGGGAUGUUCUUCGCCUUUGCAGGCCUUUGCAUCAUCAUUUGUGUCGAGGUAAUGCGCCAGUCUGUCAAGCGAAUGAUUGACAGUGAUGAGACCAUCUGGAUUGAAUACUACUACUCCUGGUCCUUCACCUGCGCCUGCGCCUCCUUCACCCUGCUCAUCCUCAGUGGAGGUGCCUUGCUCCUCAUCUCCAUGCCCCACAUGCCACGUAACCCCUGGGAGACCUGCAUGGACGCUGAGCCUGACACCUUGGAUUAAUCACAGGUGACGCAACAGGCACGUCUGAAAGCCCAGUUAAAAUGACAAAAAAUACAAGUGGUUUUGCAUCUUUUAGCCCUUUAACUACCUAUCCUAUCCCACAUAUUUAUCAUUAAUGCAAGCUAUUUUCCAAAGCAGUAAAAAGUUGAUUUCCUACCUUCCAUGCUCAUUGAUUUCAGUUCAUGUUAGUAAAAUAAUAAAAUCAACUUGGAGAGACUUGUGAUGGAUAACCAGCCACAGCAAAAACAAUACGGUGGUCAUAGUAAAGCUGUCAGAAGCAGGACGUGUUUUGAAAACUCUUCCUUGUUGGUGUGUUUAAGGGCUGAGGAAUAAUUAAGUAACAUUUGAGACUUCCGAAUCAUCUGCCUUUUUAAAGCAAGAAUUUACCAAACUCACAUUAUCUUUUUUUACAAGGUUCAUGUGUGCUUAUUAUUUGUGUUUGGGGUUUGGUUUUGUGACUACAUAUCUCAUAAAUGCAAUGCUUUUCAGCAGCGGUGUCUCAAGUUUAGGAUGUUGGAGCUUUCCGCAAGCACCUGAACAUACCAAGUAGGCCCUGCUUGUAACUGCAUUACCAAAUGACAAGUACCUUAAUGAAAAAACAAGCCUACUAAUUGAUUUUCAUAAUGUACUAAAAUUAACUGCCACCA